UGCAGCUCAGAGCCGCUACAUGUCUAAGCGGAAACAUGCGGUGUUCACCGGAGAGGAUGACAGAGACGAGGGCUGGUGAAGUUGUCUCUCUGCGAAACGACAGCGCACUGAGUUAAUUUUAAGCUGGCCUUAGGUGAACUGAAAGAAAACAGAGAAGCCCCCCCUUACCUGGAAACCUUUGGAGAACUAAGUGGAUUGAAGAAGGCAGAGAGCAAGUGAGGGAGUCAGAGAGGGAGGGAAGACAGAAGGGAUUAUCAGAUAAUCCAGUGCACGGACAAUCCUGAAGGAGCCUUAUCUUUCUUCCAGGACGAUGCAGACAAAACAGUUGCUGGAUUACGGCACUUUACUCUAUUGGCCUUAUCAAGAAAGCAUUACCCUCUCUUUUCCUUUGCUCUGAUUGUUAUCAUUGCCUCUCAAAGGUCUGUCGUCUUGGGUACGGAGGAACCAGGGAACACAGGACAAAGAAGCGGGGCAAGAGACGUGGUGUCUUGUGGACAGCGUGGUGCACACAUGGAUAAACCUCUUUAGUGGGAGACGGUGCAUGGUGGUGGACUCCCCCCCAGCUCUCUUUCUCUCUCUCUGCAUGAACUUUGAUGAAGACAACUUAUCGGAUGAGACACGCUAGAUUCUCUCAGAAGUUGAGAUCCAUUGAACACACAUGAAAAGGACGCACCUUCAGUGAGCAACAGAGUGGAGACACUGCUUCUUUGACAUUCAGCUGUGAAUGGGAAUGAAUGAAGCACUUUCUUUAAAAGCGCAGGCUCACGGUAAAAUUACUGAAGGUCUUCGAAUACAAAAGUGGGCCCUUUACUGGAAUUCAAAUUUUGACUGACAUGUAAUCAGACGCUCACAUUCGGAUUAAAGGAAAAUUACACAUCUUUUCUGCCACCAUGAGUCUGGGAAAACUGCCAGGGAUUAAGGGCCUUGUGUCUGGCUCUCAAGGGAAACGCCGUUUCAAGAGCGACCUCUCCGUAGACAUGAUCAGCCCGCCGCUGGGCGACUUCCGACAUACUAUGCAUGUUGGUCGCGGCGGGGAUGUGUUUGGUGACACUUCCUUCCUUAGCAACUACGGGGGCAUCAGGGAGCCAGGAAGUCCGGACUCAACAAACAGUUCCAAGACAACCGGCUUCUUCACACGCACCUUUCGGCACGUACAGAAAAACUCUGGGCCACGGCCACGAGGGGGCUCCCGGGACCUGUCAUCCCCACCACCAGACAUCUCACCCAUCAUCAAGAAUGCCAUCUCCCUACCCCAGCUGAACAUGGACUCUCCCAAUGGGUGCCUACAGAGGGUGCUGUUCCCCAGCUCUGUCAGCUCAACGGAUGACUCCUUCUGCACAUAUGGUCUGCAUUCUGGAUUUGUCACUCUGCCCCGCCUCUCUCACCUUGACAGACAGUUUCAAGACAGAGAUGUCCAGAAAGAGUCUCUACCAGACAGCGGUGGCAUCGCGCUGACACGCUCAGAUUCACUCACCUCGUUCACUGUAGACCUCGGUCCUUCUCUUAUGACUGAGGUACUGAGCUUGAUUGACAACCCCAGCUGCCAUCAGAUAUCCAAUCACAGGCAGGCAGCAGGGGAGGAAGAUGAAGGAGGAGAUGAGGAUGACAGCUCUCUAACAGAGACGCCUGUGCAGAGCCCUGGGGUAACUUCACCCAAUCCUUCCAUGAGCAGCGGGUCGUUCAGCAGGAAUAUGAACAGCAGAGGGCGCUCCUGUAGCUCCAACUGGACAGGGCAAGAGGAGGAGAGGAGGUCUCUGAGGACACCAGAUACACCCACUGGGUCUUCACAGAGAGCAGAGCCUGUAAUGGAGGCAGAAAGGUUCCAGAGGGCAGCUGACGUGCUCUCUCGCCAUUAUGGUGGAGGGUCCUUCACGAAGGGACAGAGGACGAGCAGCAGCACCACCUCUCCUGCUUUGUCCAGCAGCUGCAAAACACAACACACCUUUUCUGAGGAAGAGGAGGAGAUCAAAGUCUAGAUGCUGAAACUCUUAUCAGCAGACAGCAGAAGCUUUAUUGAUCCAAUAAAAACAUAGAAACCUUUUCGUGAUCUGGACUUCUGGGUUCAUGACAAGUCAGAGAGGUCUGUAUGUAUGUAAUCUGUUGUUCUCACAUGCAUAUACGUGAGGGCGUCAUUGCUCAGCUGCCACACACGUUUUCUGUUUUCUGCUUCUGCAUGAAGAGGGUUUGAUGCAGAUCUUGACCCUGGACUUUCCCAUCUCUCUGCACAACAUUGCAGUCGUAAACCUAUGUACAUUAUUUAUAACAGAAACUAUGCUAUAGUAUAUGUUAUAGAAUGACUAUGAAUCUGAAUGAAUCAUUACUGUUUGACCAACCAGGGACUCUGAAGAACACAGCAUUUUGAAUGGUCUUUGACUACUUUGUUCUUCCCAGUACAUAGACACCUAACACUACAUAAUAAAUAAUGUGAUUUACAUAAAUAUCACACAGGACUUGGACUAUAUUUUCAUUUUAAUAAAUGCUAUAAACAUCUGCAUACAUUGUAAAUAAGUUAACUGCCAUUAGGAAAUAAAACACUUUCUUUUUUUUUUUUUACAGUUGCCCUUAUAAUGUGUAAAGUGUGUAUUUAUAAAUAAUAACAAUGUAAUCCCACAUCCUAUGAUAGUCCAAUAUAUAAAACAGCUGUUUUUUUAAUGUUGAUAAGUCCUCUGGUUUCUCCUAUGUUGAUUAAAUCAAUAAUAUUUUCCUACCUAGCACAAAAUGACUGCAGCAUGCCAGUGACUGCUCAUUAAGUGAAGUAUUUCACUAUUCCACCCUUGUCUGUUGAACAUGCAGUCUGGUUCAUGGCCUGUUUUGUUUGAGUGAAAAUGGUCCACAGCUAAAAACAUUUAAUGAUACAGCUAAACUCCACCCCCGCACAAUCCCUUCCUUUGUUUUGGGGUUUUGCAGGACAUCUCAAAAAAUGAAACCUAAAAAGCGAAAUUCAUACAAAGCAGACCAAA